GGGGCGCCAGUAGAAGAUGGCGGCCUGGGCGGGUAGCAACGGGGACGCCGCGGCCUUGCCGGUGGGGAAGGCGGCAGUUGAUCGUAUGAUCAGAGAGAACAGCCACAUUUUCACAGACGCUCAGUGUAAAGUGUGCAGUGCAGUGCUCAUCUCAGAGUCCCAGAAGCUAGCUCAUUACCAGAGCAAAAAACAUGCAAACAAAGUGCGGCGGUACAUGUCGAUUCACGGCGAGGAGGAGCUCCGUCAGGGGAAGAAGAUAAAGCUGGAAACCAAGCAGGAGAGCAGCAAUGGAGAGGACAGGAACAAAUGCUGCCCCAUCUGUAACAUGACCUUUUCCUCUCCCGUUGUGGCCAUGUCUCACUACUUAGGCAAGACUCAUGCCAAGAACCUGAAGCUGAAGCAGCAGUCCCCCAGAGUGGAAGUAACGAUGCCGCCACAGAAAUGCCCGGCUAACUUUCCUCCCUCUGCUGUAUCUUCCAACGAGGAGAACCAGAGCACUUCUGACCCAGACAAGUUCUGCAGCCUCUGCCAUGCCACUUUCAACAAUCCGCUCAUGGCAAAACAGCAUUAUGUAGGCAAGAAACACAGAAAGCAAGAGACCAAACUCAAGCUGAUGGCACACUAUGGUCGUACUCCUGACGCGCCUGCAUCCUCCUCCAUGGCUGGGUUGUUCAGGGCAGUUGUGAGAGACUGCGUCCUGUUCUUCACAGGCUUGAGACAGUGAGCAGUGGAACAGACGGCAGAGCCGUGCUGGCGUUCGGCAUGUGUACAGCCCACUCAUAAUGAGACAAUGUUUUCAUGCAUUGAGACCAGACUUAGCCUCGUCCAGGGUCUCCUCAUUCCUGCCCGGCUGUGCCCAGGACUCUGCACCAUAUGCCCAGGUGUAGAGCUUGCCAGCUGCCCCAUGGGGUGACAGCAUUCCCCUGCACGGUGCUGCCAUGCUGAGAGAUGCACUCAGCAUACACCCAGCGGUGUGAGGCAGCUAGUUUAUCCAUGACUGAUAGGUCAGGCAGGUAUCUUGAGGUACUGGACUCUGGCUUUCCUUGAAUCGGCCUUGAUUCUUCAGGGCUUGGCUCUGUGCUGAGGCCUUGUCCUGUGUGCAAGGUGACAGCACAGCACACAAGGGGCAUGUGCAAUAUGAGACAGCAGAGGGGGAAUGUGGUUCCUUGCUUUGCUCGGAGUGUAGAAUCUGGAUUAUCCUGCCCUGAUUUGCAUUUUAUUUGUGGUAGCUAAGAGGCUAUGUCUUAAUAAGAGAGUGUUUCACAGCUUGAAGGACAGGCAAAUACCAGUACUGGGAUACCUAUACCUUGAUCCUCACAGUGGCUCAGCUGGGGGAAGGGACGGGCUGACUUCCCUGCAUUUCCAUUUGCUUCAUGCCCAUUUGAAAAAACCAUCCACCCCCUUGGGUAUCCUGAGGGAAAAUGUGCAGCUCCCCCAGGCUCAAUAUCCUGAGAACUUGCUUCCCCAGUGGAUGGUUAUGGCUGGCAGCUGCCUCAAGCCAGGCUCCAGUAGGGCCUCCUCCCGGCCCAGUGCAGAGCUGGGAAGGGGUGUCAUGUAACCUGUGUGUUUCCCUAGCUGCCUCCCUUGGAGGGGGGCAUGGGAGCAUUUUUACAGCACUCUGGCCACUUUGCUUCUCCUGGGCAGGCACCUAGGGCUCCCUAUACUGCCAGUGGGUGGGAAGCCUGCUCCAUGGGGAAACGCCGCUCUCCACCAGGGCCAGGAGGCUGGCGUACUAUCACCCCUGUGAUUAGCUUAUCAACAGCCUGACCUCAGAGCCAAUCCUUGCAAUGAGCUGCUGCCAGCUGGGUUUCCAGGGGCCCUUACUACAGCCAGCUGAGGGCCCUGGGCUUGCUCUGUGGGGCUCGAGCUGAAAGUGCUGGCCAGGGAGCAAUCUGCUGUAACUAAGCCAGCCAAGUGCCUGCAGCCGCCAGGGAGUGGAAAGCCUGCCUGAGGAGAUGCUCUUGGCACUGUUCAGAUGUAGGGCACAAACCCGAAAUUGGCUGUGAGUUCCCUGCUGAGACUUCGCCAGCCAGCCAGCCCUCCACUGUAAACUGUGGCCCUUCCCCAGCCUGGCCAUUGAGUCAGACCCCUGGGUGCACUGCUCUGUAUGCCAAGAAUCUCAGCAAUGCUCAGGCUGCUCCCACCCCCUGAGGGCCAGUCGCUUACCUCAGGGCUAUUGCCCCCUAGAUCUCACAUUAAGGACAAGGCCUGUAGCCAAGCCUGUAAUUAUUUACACAUUUAUUGUACAGGGAAAAGACAGGAGUUAUUUGUCAUGGAGUCACCAGGCGAUGCUCUGGACCUGCUCCCAACAAAGCCAGGCAGGACUCUGGGGAGUCUCCUCU